AUGAAGUAUGUGCUCGUGUCUGGAGGCGUCAUCAGCGGCGUGGGAAAAGGCAUUAUCGCCUCUUCCGCGGGCCUGCUGCUCAAGACUAUGGGUCUGAAAGUCUCCAGCAUCAAGAUCGAUCCCUACAUCAAUGUCGACGCCGGUCUCAUGAACCCACGUGAGCACGGCGAAGUGUACGUCCUCGACGACGGCGGUGAAGUCGACCUCGAUCUAGGAAACUACGAGCGAUACCUCAACAUCACUUUGACUCGCCAGAACAACAUCACCCUCGGCAAGAUCUACCAGGCAGUCAUACAGAAAGAGCGUGAUGGUAAAUACCUGGGCAAGACCGUGCAGGUCGUCCCACAUGUGACUGGCGAGAUUGAGGCAUGGAUCGAGCGGGUCGCCAAGGUGCCUGUGGAUGACACCGGUGAAGAGCCAGACGUCUGCAUUGUCGAGCUGGGAGGCACAGUCGGCGACAUCGAGAGCAUGGCUUUCGUCGAGGCACUUACCGAGCUGAGGAGGAAGUGCGGCAAGGACGACUUCAUGCAGAUCCACGUGUCCUACAUCCCGGUGGUUCAUGGUGAGCAGAAGACCAAGCCCACGCAGAUGGCCAUCAAGGCCGUCCGUUCUGCUGGUCUUAUCCCAGAUCUCAUUGCUUGCCGCUGCGAAAAGCCUCUCGAGGCGGCCACCAUCGACAAGAUUGCACGCUUCUGUCAAGUCAAGAAUGAAAGCGUGCUGGCUGUUCGAGACAUGCCAUCGACGUACCAAGUUCCAAUUCUGCUGCACGAACAGCAUUUGGUACAGCUGAUGACUUCUACUCUGCGACUGGACACUCUGAACAUAUCAUCUGAACUACAAGACAAGGGCAUCAGGAUCUGGGAUACCUGGCGACGCUUGACCCUGGGGUUGGAGCACAUUCAUGAGGACAUCGAGAUUGUCCUUGUUGGCAAGUACCUGGACCAACCGGACGCAUACUGUUCGGUCAUCAAAUCUCUCGAGCACGCAUCGAUGUACUGUCGCAAGAAACUGCGGGUCAAGAACGUCGAUGCCGAGCACCUCGAGGCCCACUACAACAAGACUGAUCCUGCGUCAUACCACAAGGCAUGGCACGAUGUCUGCACUGCGUCAGGUAUCCUCAUUCCAGGUGGCUUUGGCAGCAGAGGCACCGAGGGUAUGAUCGCAGCAGCAAACUGGGCCAGAGAGAACAAGACGCCAUACCUUGGCGUCUGUCUUGGCAUGCAAAUCGCAGUGAUCGAGUUUGCGCGUUCAGCUUGCAACGUCCCUCUUCCUCAAGCCACUUCCUACGAGUUCGAUGGCUCAGACGGUGACCGUGUCAUCGUCGACAUGCCUGAGCAUAACCCCGGACAGAUGGGUGCUACUAUGCGUCUGGGAAUCAAGCCCACCUACUGGCAACCAGACAGCGAAUGGAGCAAGCUGCGCGCUCUCUACGGCCUUUCCAAGGACAGUGUCACCGAGAGACAUCGUCAUCGGUACGAAGUCAACCCCUCCUACAUCGGCCAGCUUGAGGAGAAGGGCAUGACGUUCAUCGGAAAGGACUCUACCGGCGUGAGAAUGGAAGUCAUCGAACUGAAGGACCACCCGUGGUUCGUUGGUGUCCAAUUCCAUCCCGAGUACCUCUCGCGUGUCCUGCAUCCUUCCAAGCCUUACCUAGGCUUCAUUGCCGCCAGCGCUGGUAUGCUCGACGAAGUCAUCCGAGGGGGUAGCCCUACUGGACGUCUUUCGCCGACUUCGAGCCUUUACGACGACUUCCAGAAUGGCAGUGCCAGCGUGAAGGUCAAUGGGCUCGUGAACGGUGCUGAGAAGGCCGCUUUCUGA